ACAAAAGGAAAAAGGACACAAUCGAACUACGAAGCUUUAGGUAUGGCUCCAGUGGAAGAAGAGUAUUUUAGAGAUUCAAUGAAAGCUAAGCUGCUGGCAACCAAAUCUAAUAGGGCAAAGAUAAGAUAUGCUAAUACAUACAGACUGGAGUCACAUAAUAAAUUUCAGGAGCGCUUAGUAAGAGACAAAGCUCAAGCGAUAUUAACGAAUAAGCUUCAACAAGCCAAAUACGAUGGAGUUUCUAGUGCCUCCUUGUGUGCUUCAAUCUCAGAAGAAAUAGUAAAGGCUGUGAAGGAAUUGGACUUUGAUCGCUAUAAGUACGUGGUAUCAGUACUAAUUGUGGAAAAAGCAGGUCAGGCAAUAAAU